AUGAGCGGGAGCUUUCCCUUCCCCGAAUAUCCGGACAAGAACACGACCUUUGAUGAGAAUUCUGUCUCAGAUCGUCCACAGCACUUCGAUCUUCUCACUUUCGCCCCCCGAAGCGACCGUGGUAAUGCCAAGGUAGCCAUCCCCCGCAACACACCAUCGAGUAGUUCAAUUGUCAGUGGUCGAGUCAGUCGAGCAUGUGAAAAUUGCCGGAAGCAAAAGGCCAAAUGUAGUGGCCAUCACCCGGUUUGCGUUCGGUGCCAGGAGGCCGGGGUGCAGUGCUCGUAUGGCGAUCGGAAAAAGGAAAAGAUGGAGAAACAGUUGAAUGAUCUAUCCGUGAAAGUGGAAUCUCUCGAGGCUUUACUGCGUGACAUUUACCACACACUCGAUGCUUCGUCAGCACACCAGGUUGAGCAGUGCCUGAGAGAUCUGAACCUACACUCCUCUAUACUUCCCAUCACGACCCCUGCAAUGCCCCAACCAUUCUCGUCUGAUGCGACUGCUAGCCCCGUGGUCACCCCAGCAGUAGUGGACUACACCGAAGAGGACUUCAAUCGCGAUGAAAAGGUACAGGCUAUGGGAUUUGUGGGCGAUUAUUCAGAGAUCGCAUGGUUGUACAGACUGAAACGCGACCUCGAUCAUGGCACUCACUUGCCACCCAAAGAUCUCGAAUCUCCUGCUAUGUCCUCCGUGAACUACUUCCAGGACGAUUCCGAAAUCCCGGUCCUCAACGAUCUCGACCUAGCACGCCGGCCACCCCAACACAUCGCUGAUAAGCUUGUGGAAACCUACUUCCAUACCGUCCAUCCCCUGUUCCCCAUUCUGGGGAAAGUCGUCUUCCUCAAUCAAUAUCGAACUUUCUAUUCAAACCCGAGCCUUCGGCCAGGGAGGCGCUGGCUGGCGGUCUUGAAUGUGGUGUUUGCCAUUGCUACCAGGCACGGAAACCUCACAAAUCAGCCUCAACUGGACUACGGUGAACACUCGGUGUAUUUUGCUCGCGCUUGGAAGUUGAGUGGAAGUAAUGUACUGCUCGAUCAUCCAGACUUGCAGCAAACCCAGGUCGAGGGCCUGGUUGCGUUCUACCUCUUGUCGGUUGGGCAAGUAAACCGGUCGUGGCGAACUGCUGGGACUGCGAUCCGCUCGGCGAUGGCGAUGGGUUUAAAUCUUCGAAGUGAGACGGGCAGCAUCACUCACUCCUCAAGAGAACUCCGCUACCGUGUUUGGUGGGCGUUGUUUUUGUUGGAUACGACAUUAUGUGAGAUUACGGGUCGUCCGCCCAUCACAAAGCACACUUUUUGCACGAUGCCGCUCCCGGUUCCAUUUCUCGAGGAGGAUAUUGAGGACGAACGGGUUGUGCAGCUGGUCUCUGUUCCAGGGGCUCGCAACGCUUUCCUCUCGUCCCUGCUUUCGAAUUCCCCUGUUCUUCCACCAAACGAGAUACAGCCUCGACAAAGUUACAGACAGCUGCAGAGCAAAGGAAAAGAAAAACAAUCUGAAGAAAGCUAUGGCCAGUUCGAUGUCGACAUCUUGACACCCAAUGCCUCUCUAUAUUUCCUGUAUGCGGUGGAUCUAGCUCAUCUCUUACAAAGCGCUGUUGCUGUCAUUUAUGUCCCGGACUUGACACGGCAAUCAUGGUACGAGGUCGAAGCCGCAAUCUCUACCUUCAAUAACCAUGCCGACAAAUGGCUAUCUCGUCUACCCGUACAAUUUCAACACACAACAUCACACCCAGCCCAGCAAUUCCAACAACAGCGUGUCGGUCUGGCUUGCCGAUUCUACGCCACUAAAAUGAUUAUUUUACAGCCUUGCAUUCGUCGACAUUCACAGAUCUCCUCGGAAGUAAGUACACCAGGAACAAUAUCUGACAGCAUGGCUGCCAUUUGUGUCCAGGUAGCCGGUCAAAUGGUAGACUUGCUUCCCGAAAUUGGAACCACAGACUGGCCAUACGGUAUUGCCCCUUGGUGGUGCAUCCUGCACAAUAUUAUGCAAGCCACGAGCAUCUUGUUGAUCGAGCUUUUGGCCCGCGCUACUCCACAUACCGCUCAGGCUUCCAGCACAGCCGCUAAGCUAAAGAAAGCCAUUGAAUGGUUGCAGAAAAUGUCUGCCGGAGACCACUCUGCGCAUCGUGCCUGGGUCAUAUGCACUGGGAUUCUCUCACGCCAUGGGUCGGCCUUCGGCUUCGUCUAG